AUGCGAGGUAUGUGUGUGGAACAGAUCAAAGCUCCUCACCAAACAUGUUAAGACAGAAUGACAGAGGGAAGAACGUCACGCCAGGACACUUUCACGCACUUCAGUCGCCGGCUAGUAGAAACGUGCAUGAUUUUGUACGUUGGAAAUCCGUUUUCGUUACCCCUGAAUCAGACGUCAUGCAAGACGUAGUGAAUAAGGUAUGAGCGUCACCCCUAAGCAAGAGAAAACGUUAUGAUAAGUGGUGUUCGCCUUGUGGGGUAUUGUCUUUUCUGACCAUAUUCACUGAAAACCCGUGAUUACCAAAUCCAAAGGGAAUUUCCUUCAGCUAGAUGAAUUCAAGCACACCAGUCUGGCAUUUCAAGAAGACCUGCCUGUUGUCGUUAUCUAAGGUCGAAAAGUACUACUCAUUUCGUUCUUACUCGGGCAUGCUAAGUGUUGACUUUCGACUUGUAGUGCAUUUUUCUUUGUUUGUCUUCUAUUGGCUGUAAAAUCACCACGGCGCUCUUGUCCAUAUAAUGGUUUUGAAGUGGAAGGCAAGAAGGACUUGCAGACACUCCUGAAACCUACUGACGUAAAUAUAUGCCACUAAGUCAUAAACGUGACGUCGGCACUAAGGGCAGUAGAAAAAACGGGGUCUCUUAUCCUCCAAAUCUAGACAUCAUACUAUACUGCUUGAGACGCAGUUGGCAAAUGUACUCCAAUCGCCACUUGCGACUGCAGCGAAGGCUCACUUUGAAUUCCCAGUGUUCUUAUAAGCAGCGGGACCAAGAACUGGAAGCUGUAAAAAUAUAAAACUAAGCUAGUUCUCUAGGAUAAGCAUGCAGUACUUAAGGGGUUUCUUCUCCGGCACUGUCAUUCCAGUUGCGAAUAGUCAAAAUAAGACAUUUUCAGGAACCCAACACAACGCAUAAAUUCAAAUUUGUUUUAAAAACUGCAGUCUAAAGUAAUUUUACUAAGUCAGACUACUAAUUCUUACCUAAAGGUGUACUUAAAAUGACACAUUUUAUAUACCAUUGAAAAUAGGUUAUAUGAAUUUUACAAAAUGUUAAAGCUGGUUUGAGCCAUAUGGUAUAUUUUACAAGAAAGAGCAAUAAGUGUGGAGAUACGACGUUUUAUAAAUUGACAUUUCAGCUUUUAAAACUAGCAAAACUAAAAACUUUUAAAACCGAUACAUACUCUUCAUUCUAAUAUAAGAAUUAAAAAAACCCAAUCUUCUGCCAAAUAAGUAAAAGAACGGAUAUUUUAUGCAUGUUUUCCAUAAACUAUAUACGAAUUUAUGAGGACAUCAAAAAUCAAUUAAAAUAAUUCCUACUUAUUAAGCUUCCAUCUUUUAUAGAGCGCAGUUUUUUCGUAGACGUCCAGAAACAGGCCUGUUUGAAAGCAGGCAUCCCGACGUGACUGAAGCGCCAUGAGAUUAUUCCACGAGGUAAUUAAUUUCACAGACCUUAACUAGUUUUUUCGAAUCGAAAACACAUUUCAGAAUUUCAGUCAACAUUUCAUUAGAUAGCACAUCUGCUGUAUUAAGUCAAUGUAAAAUUCUUUAUAUACUCUCCUGGUUACUCUUGUCCGUAGAUUGACCAGCUCGUAGGUUUGCUCGCCGUCAGUGUUGAAGGGCCUCCACGGACACAAGGAUCGAGUUCAUUUACUCAAAAGAGAAAAGUAGCAUUUCGAGUUUUACAGAUUCCCCAGGCCUUCGGUCUUCUGCACACCAACCUCCAAAUACUGAAGUUCUUCUUUUCAAAAAAUGGUGGCGAGCGAACGUUACUUUCGAUAACUUCUCGGCAAGCCAAUACAGGUAUAUGGGACGGGGCACAGUGAGUGGAAUUAGCAAUACUCAUCUUGUCUCAAGGGCAUGCAUUCAUAAUAUUGUGGAUCCCGCGAGGAAAUAGUAAUUCUCUCAAGCAAAACAUGCUUUUGCCGCGGCCUCUUAAGUUUCAUUUAUCUCAUUUUGGGAUAUAAACGAAAAGAUUAACCAUCAAACUGUUUUUGCCCUCAGCAAUCUAUCCUUGAUUCCAGUGCAGGCGCCGAUGGGAGCCUUUUUGAGAAAAUAUGACAAUUUUCGCUCACGGUAUAUUCUUGCACCAGCAAGUGACGGUGAAAAUUAUGAACGACUAAGUAAGGUCAGCUCAAAAUAAGCAGUCUCUUUAUAGCCAAAGCUUUAAAUGGACCGUGAUAUAUUCACGUUUGUCAGAGACCGUCAACCUCACUCUCUCCCUCAUCCCAUUCCUAGACACCGGUCCGCGGUCCGAGUAGACCAUUUGUUUGAUACAUGGAGUUAGCCCAGUGGCUGACAGACUUCGAAAGCACGUUUGCGCACUCCACACUCAUGAUCUAGUCUCCAAACGCACAUAUCAUAAUAACAUACAGUAGAUGUGCUAACUCAUGAAAUGUCGACCAAAAUUUCGAAAUGCGUUCUCGUUUCGAAAAGAUAAAUUAAGUAGUGUUGUAAAACUUAUCAAGAUGCAGCAUAAGAGCUAUAAUGAUCCAGUUACCUCAGGGUGUCGGCUUUCGCAGGAACUUAUUUUCGGCUGCAUGCAAGAUCUAUACGCUGCAAAAAAUGGCUACUUAAUCAGUAUGCAAUUUUCUCUUUGAUUUUCGAUACCCUUGAAAAUGCAAUUAUAUUUCAUGGAAAACAUGCAUAAAAAUAUUCAUUCUUUUGCUAUUUCGGUAGAAAAUCACGUCUUCUUCCAAUUUCAUGCUCAAAAGAAGAGUAUAAUUCGGUUUUAAAAAGCUUUUCUAUUCCCGAAUCAUUUUGAACCCGACCUGAUUGUAUACUUGCAUUCAGGGUUUCAAAACUAGAAGCUGUAUAUUUUCCGUGAACGGAAAACCAAGCAUUUCUCUGCUGUGUUAAUAGUAGAUCAUAUGAGGUUCAUAAAAUUAGGCAGUGGAUUUGACCAAUAUUGUUACCUUUACCAGCCACAUUCGUAAAUGCAGAUACAUGACGUUUCAUGAACGGCAAUUUAACGGUUUUAAAAAAAUCUCAAAAUUAGAAACUUUUUUAAAUCGAAUUAUACUCUUCUUUUGGGCAUGAAAUUGGAAGAAGACGUGAGUUUCUACCGAAUAAUUAAAAUAUUGAUUAUUUUUAUGCAUGUUUUCCAUGAAAUAUAACUGAAUUUUCAAGAGCAUCGAAAAUCAUCCGACGGUGGUGGUGGUGGUGAUGGUGAGGGUAGUGGUUGACGGGCUGUCGGGAGAGCAGGAGAGAUGGUGGUCGUCGUCCCUGUGACAGAGAUAAUGUAGAUGACAGCUGGACACCGGAAUUGUAAUCAUCGUUGAGGAUUGUAGUGACCUCUCUGUCACCCGUGUGGGUUUGGAGCACGGGCGACCGAGGAGGUAGCAGUUGGAGUUGUCAGGUUAUUAAUUUAUUGAGUUCACAGAUGUCCGAAUAAGUUCACUCGCGGAUGGAAUGUUCAUAGAAAGCUAGGAGGUGGAUACGGGCGAGAACAUUCAAGUUCGAUGAGGCCAAAGUUAUCGCGAGAGGGGAUGAUCAAGUGAGCCGCGGGUUAAUUGAGUCAUGGUUCACUGGACGUCAGUCUGUCAACAAGUGCAACGACAUCCCUACUCCAUAUUCCGUCCUGGGGCAUAUUUUAGCCAAAGUAAUUAGCCACUCGGGGAGCGCGCAGGCCGGUGAGCCAGGCGGCCGAGCAAUUAUCACACCGGCAUCCAGCACGGGUGAUGAGAUUUCAGCAAUUAACAACUUGCAUGUCGGCCAUCAAGCAAUUAGCGCACCCGCGGAAAAGAAUUCUUGAUGAAGGGGAAAGCGCUUAAUUAUAAUGGGUAUGCGGUAGCAUAGCGACUGCUUCCUAUAAAUAGCACAACUUCCUGUGCACGAAUAACUCGUUUCUGCCACUGCCUCUGAGGAUGGGUUUAAGUGAAAUCCGAAGCGCGAGGCAAAUAAAACCCUUUUUCCAGUGACUGCUUCUACUUCUUAACAAGGACAAUCAGCUUGCCCGUCUUUGGCGCAGCCGACAAGAUGGCAUGCUGGUCAUUGUGGAACUUGUUCUUCGUCCCGUCAGAGCAGUCGUCUCACGAUGUCUUGGCGAGUAUCAAAGGCGAUGUUAGCAUCACGUCGCUCUGUCUUUGGGCGGCGCAACCUCCCACAGCUGUCCCUGUUCGGAUAAUCGAGCUUUGCUGAGGGCUGCGACGUCCAGCUUCUCAAGUUAACAACAACUUCAUUUCUUGAAGAAGAAGACACGAUCGCCUGACGUUUCGGAUUCCUGCUCGAAUCCAUCAUCAGAGACAUAAGCAGAUAAGGGUCAUUUCUUUCGGCCAGUUGCCUAGCAGAUUGUCUCAAAGGGAGCCAGCAUUCCAGACAGCCAGACUGGUGAAAGACACUCUACCAGUCUGUGAGGUAAAGUGGAAGUGACGGGUACGGGAGUUGUUUGUAUCAGGGUGGCGAGUUUUGCAACUACGAGCCACAGUUCAAUUGCGGAUGGCCUGAUUCCUCAGCAUUCGUUAAGAGCACCCUUUUGGCCAGCAGGUAAGCAGGUCCGUCCCCAAGUAGGGAGGCUUAAAUAUCCCCUACGGCCGCCAAACGCCCCUAAGGUUCGCGGCCUUCUUUAGGGAAGGGCAACCCGAGUUGUCCUGGGACUUUUUGAAGUGGAGGGAAGAGGGAGGAAACGGAAGAGGAGAUGUAGGAUGGAGGUGGAGCGAUGUAAAUGGGAGUGGGAAUAGAAUAGCCGAGUGGAGGGAUACACAACACCAGAUACCCUCAUCCGGCUUAGCCCGCAGGUCAAGGCGGUUACCGGGCUAUCACUAUUGGGCAGCCACAGGUGAGAGUUUAGUGCUAAUUCGAUCAUCGCAAACGACGAUGUUCACCAAUGACCCAUAAGGGGGGGGGACCAGGAACGGGGACUUGGAUGUCAAUUUAUGGUGAAGCAGACUUGUAAAGCGCACCCAAACUCCCUCCGCCCUCCUUCGAACACAGACCGUGGGCAGAAAAGGCUAGUCUUCUCAAAAAUCACACCACUUUAUCAAAUUUAAUUGGUCACUCGAGACUAAUAAAAUCCUUAUCCUAUAUUUGGCCUAUCCGCAUUCGCAACAGUUACCAGUGCCCAGACGCGGUAAUGGGGGCAUCAAAGUGCGCAUUUUUGACAUCUGGGUCUUUUGAAAAACGCUUAUUUCGAUAGGCCUUUGUGCUGUUUUGACUACUGAUUUUACAGCCAACCCAGUGGAUUAGGUUCAUGCGAAACAGGCUCCGUCAUAGCUAUGAGCCGUAAGCCAACACUUGACUCUCCUGCAUUCCUAGCACAUUUUUCGUGGUUUUCUGUUUUGGGGGCGGCAAAUAAGAUAACUUGAAGCACCCAACGACACAGUCCGCUGCCACUCACGCAAGCCAACGCUCGUUUCUGUGUGUGGGUGGGUUGGUUUCAUUAAAGUACAUAUCAGAAAAAGACUUAGCCAGCAUCUUUGAUAACCGACGGCAUCUCAACUGAUAGGACCGCUAUGCAGAGCAGCGGAGUGAGGCGUUACUGGCCCCUCUUCCUCCGACGCGUUGAACUGCUAAAUCCUGCCGCGUUUGUAUAUUCAAAAGAUUUUCGUCAGCAUUUUUUGUGGAGUUUUUUUCGUUCAGCGCUGCCCCAGUAGGGGUUCACAGGAUUACGAGGCAAGCGUCUUUCGGUCGUUUUUGCUGGUUGAGGAAUCACAAGCACAUUCAUAGACACAUUUUUUAAAUUGGCAAUAAGAUCUCUAGGUCUGAGUUGCCGCCUACGAGAGCAGUAAAUUACUUUGUAAUUUUUCUUUGAAACGGAUGCAGGCCGAAUCUAUGUCAUUCAUGAAGAAAUUGAUUGGGCUAUCUGUUUAAGAAUACGACGACGAUGAUGAUGAUGAUGAUGAUGAUGAUGAUGAUGAUGAUGAUGAUGAUGAUGAUGAUGAUGAUGAUGAUGAUGAUGAUGAUGAUGAUGAUGAUGAUGAUGAUGAUGAUGAUGAUGAUGAUGAUGAUGAUGAUGAUGAUGAUGAUGAUGAUGAUGAUGAUGGAAAAGUGGAGGGGGAGGUAAAAAGGACAGUUUUUGUACGUAGUUUUUUCCAAAGUUCGAUUCCCCCUCUCUAAUUCUCACAAGUGAAAGUGACAUAUUUGUUAUAGCCACAACGUCAGACUAAGGUCAGCGUUUAACCAGGCUCUACAGUCAGCGAUAUGGGGAGUAAUAUAAGUAUUGAUAGAAAGUGUAUAAAACUGUUUUAAAUCUUCUAAAUUUGACACUUUCCUAUGAGGAAAAGCCUUUGAGGAAUUUACGUGCGCGGAAAUCGUAGCUUCGAGAGUUGCUAUUCUGGUUUCUUUGCUUUGCAGCUGAAGGACUGCUUGGCAGAAAAAACGAUUCUGGACGCUUUAUACUAA